AUGAAUUUAGGAAAUUGUUUAAAAACGAAAGUAAGCAUGCCAUUUAGUGUUAAAAUGUGGCUAACUUUAUAACUGAUUAUGUUGAUUGUUGCUAUCAUAUUUGAGCUUACGCUCUUCUUUUCAAAUUUAUAUGAGAUUCGUUCUCCACAAUUAUGUACAAUCUCAUUCACAGGUUAAGAAAAAUGUUAAAAUUAAGAUGGCUCUAAAGAAACCUCUGAUGUAGAUUGUGAACAUUGUUAAUUUCUACAUCUUAUUUGGCCCUUAUCCUUGGCUGAAAUUAUCUUAUUAAUUAGUAUUUUCUCAUGUAAAACAUACUAUUACUAUACUCUUAAAUAUGCUAACAUUAUUAAGAUAAUAUCUAUUGUAUCAAUUAUACUCAUUAUAUGCAUAGAGAUAUUUUUACUUUUACAAUUUGAUAAAAACAUCCCAGAAACCAUAAAUUUUAAUUAUACGAUCGAUCAAUAUCCUAUCACUAUUUAAUUAAUCAUUAUAAUCUUGAUCUUAUUUCUUAUUAUAGCUAUUUGGAUCGAAGAUAUAUAAACAUUAAAGUUUAAGAUGCAAUAAUUAUAAACUUCAAAUUCAUCUUGCGGCUAUUCACAAUAAUUAUUAUAAAUUUAGUGA